GUUGCACAGACAGAGCAAGGGAGAAAAACAGACGGAGAACCAAACAAUGGCAGCCGAAGGAGGUCUGAAGCUGCUCGGCUUGACGGUGAGCCCGUUCGUCAUCCGCGUACGCAUGGCGCUGCAGAUGAAAGGCAUCGGCUACGAGUACAUGGAGCAGGACCUGUUCACCAAGGGCGAGCUCCUCCGCAAGUCCAACCCGGUGCACAUGAAGGUCCCGGUGCUCAUCCGCGACGGCAGACCCAUCUGCGAGUCGCUGGCCAUCGUGCAGUACGUCGACGAGGCCUGGGCGGCCACGGGCCCCUCGAUCCUCCCCGCCGACCCCUACGACCGCGCCGCCGCUCGCUUCUGGGCCGCCUACGCCGACAGCAAGCUCUUGCCUGCGUGGGUAGGCAUCAUGUGGGCGGCGACGGAGGAGGAGAGGGCGGAGAAGGUCGGCGACACGCUCGCGGCUAUGGGCCAGUUGGAGGAGGCGUUCGGCAAGUGCUCGAAGGGAAAGGCCUUCUUCGCCGGCGAUUCCGUCGGGUACCUCGAUCUCGUCGUCGGCUCGCAGUUGCUCUGGUUCGAGGCGCUGCGGAAGAUGUUCGGCGUCGUGGUCAUCGAGGUCGGCAGAGCUCCACUCUUGGCCGCGUGGGUGGAGCGGUUUGGGGAGACUGAUACGGCCAAGGAGGUGGUGCCGGACGUUGACACGGCGGUGGAGUACCUGAAGAAGCUUCAGUCUCAUCGGGCUGGUGCCACUGUUGCCCAGUUGCUGUCGUGACAAAAGUACAUUUCGUCCGGUUAGCAAGAACAGCGAUUUUUCUGUUUAGGCCAGCUCUAUAGUCAUGUCUUGCAAGGAUGCAAAGAAUGAACUGGUUUCCAUCCUGACACCACGUAGCUACUUCUCCAAAGAGGACGACAAAUCGUUUGUAAGAAAUCAUAAGUGUAUUCUUUGUCGUGGAUAUAAUCCUGACAAUACUACAGGGGUGUGAAUGUAGAUACAAUCAUAUCUACCGAUCAGUGUGGGAUAAGAGUACGCUCAAGGAAUUAUAUAAAUUUAGGGCCUCGAUGGGGGAGGUAAUACAUUACUCA